UGUCUUGGCUUUUAUUAUCCUAUUUUUAACCUGAAAACCCUUUCUCUUUAAACACCUAUCUAUUACUCUAAACACGUUCUAUUCCACGCUCAUUUUUAUCACACACCCUUUCUCUCUCUUUCUCUCACUUUCUCUCUUGAUUUGCUCUAAUUCUGCUGUGUCAAAACAUUUUUAUGCUCUCGCACGAAUACUAUCAAUCCUUUGACUGAACUUUUCCCUUUGUUUAUUUGAUUCUAGCUCUCUUACUCUCACUUCUACUUUCACUGAGCUAGAACCACCUUGCACAACUGAGCAAAGGCUGGUGGAGUGUGUGUGGCAACCAGGAUUGGGAUCAAGAUCAUGGCACGACCAUGCCAUCCAAACUGGACUUGGCGCAUUCAGGUCCUUCCUGACUUGCCAUUCUUGCUGUUCAUUAUCAGCCUUCUCCUUCUUCCUCUUUCUCUUGCUUAUCCAGACAAUUAUGACCACCAACCUUCCCAUGUGUCUAAUAUGGUUACAAGAACUAUACUAAAGCCUUCACUUCUACCACAAAAGACAUCACUGAUGUUUGACAAUAAACAGGAGAAUGAAAAGGGAUAUAGCUCUUUUUCCACAGAACCAACCACAGCCAUAUUUGGUCCAGAAAUAUCACCCCUGUAUCACCACGAGGACACUUCACGAUCUUCAUCAGAUUUUUCUGUUGAGACAACAACUAUCCAUGAUAUACCACGGAUAGUAGUCCCAGCACCAUCUCGGAGGAGUGAAUUGGUGCAGGAUACGAUUGACGACGGCUCUUUGAAGGAAAAACUCUUUGAUCCGUCGUCACAAUUAAGCCCAUAUCUUACUACUACAGCCCAUCUGCAGGCGCUUCCUGUCAGCAAGGUAGCAUCUACAACUUGCGAUUCAAAUUCGCCACAGACAUUAGGGCCUGCAUGGUAUGGAACAUUCUUCAGCAAUUCACCAGAUGGCGUGUAUCCAUCCCAAACUCGGACAUGUACCUGGACUUUGCAAGCCAUUACCAAUAUCACGAAUUCAGACGGAAGUGGCAAUGGCGAGAGCAAGGGGAGUGUAGUACCAUAUGUGAUUGCAGUCAACUUUACAACGCCGGUUCAGUUAAUCUGCGGGAUGGACUAUCUGACAUUUUAUGAUGGCGCAGAUACUACCGCACCGGUGCUGGCUAAACUUUGUGGCAACAUUUGGCAGGACAGGUUACCGACCAUAUACUCUUCGGGUCCACAAAUGACCGUAGUUUUCUCGUCACGGGAACAAAGUCCUGGGAACCAUGGUUUUACAGCUGCCUAUCAGUCUGUUGCGCCAUGCUCAAUAUGUGUGCCUACAUUAAGAGGAACAUGCAGUAGUGCUAAUACAUGCAAUUGUUAUAGUCAAUACAGCGGAGCUGUCUGUGAAGAAGAGACGGCAGGAUUCAAGGACUUUACUCCACGCUCACAGCAUGCAAUGGUCUACGAUGAAACCAAGGACAUGGUGUACAUUAUGGGUGGGACUAGUCUUAACAUGCGUUUAAUGUGGGAUAUACUUACCUACAAUUUUUCUACCAAUAGGUGGAACAGGAUUAAUGCUUUGAAUAGGGGCCCUGAGGCCCGGUACGGACACUUUGCGUUCAUGUAUAAUGGCGACUUGUAUAUCUAUGGAGGAGUGACAAAUGCUGGUAGUCUAGCAGAUAUCUGGAAGUUCAAUGGCAAGAUCUGGACAAAACAGGAGCCUAUCAAUCCGGAUAAGCUACCUACUGGACGCGCUGGCUCCGCUUGUGUGGUCGUGGCUAACAAUAAUUCAACAAAGCUCUAUGUCUUUGGGGGCCUGGACUUUGCGGGUGCAACAACUCGCGAGCUGAAUGUUUAUGACAUAGAUCUUGCCAUGUGGAGAAAGUCGGAUCAUCAAAACUCGGUUGGGUUAUCGGGAGCGACAGCUGUACAUCAUCAGGCAACGGAUUCGAUUUAUUAUUUUGGAGGCAUGAUCAACAAUACAACACGCAAUGUGAUCACAUAUCAAUAUCGAAUUUCACAAGACUUAUGGUAUGCUCUUGCUCCUAGAAUUGAUCCUCACACUGCGACACCUAUCAUAAAUGAACGCUGGGAUGGAUCCCGACCAGGUUCUCAGCCUUCGCCCAGUACCAAUACAAGUCGUGAUGGAAGGAAUUCUGUAAGAAACAUAGAUGAUGGCUCGGAUAUCGACAGCGAUAGACACGAGACAGGCUGGAACAGUACACUUCCUUAUUAUUUGCCGCCUGUGAUGUAUGACUCUGUUAGUACUGUGUGGUCACCUGCAGGACUCAUGGGCACGGACCUCGUAGUCAUGUAUGGCGGCAUGCUACCCUACGGUCCAGGCGUAGAUAAAGGACACCAGUCAUGCUUUUCCAGAAGUUUCUCUGUCUAUGAUCUCUCUUGCCAAAGAUGGACUACGUACGAUGUGAGCGACUUGAGUGCUGCACUCAAAGGCAGAGUCAACCAUACGAUGAUUAUGCGGCCCCCUGGAUCAGCGGGUGGUAGUAAAACAGCAUGGACAGCAUUUAUUUUUGGCGGGUUUGGUGGUACGGAUCAUGCAGAUAUGCUUAACAUUACAAUGAAUAUCCCGACUCUUGUUCCCGCUAUGAUCAAUAACUGUCGAGCACUGCGAUGGUGCAGUCUUUAUGACGAUUGCCAGAAUUGCAACCCAUCUUACUGCUCAUAUGUAAAUGGUCUUUGUUUAUUCGACACGGACAAGACAAAGAAUUCCGCUUACCUUUUGGGGACAUCAACUGAUAUACCAAAAUACGGCACGCUUCAGGAUUUGAUCCGACAACGACCCGAGUUCAAAUCACAGGUUUUGACUACUGAUAUGUGCCCAACACGCAUUCCAAUUGACAUUGGUAAUCCUUACUCAGGCACUAUUCAAUCUGGCCAGGAAAUGACUUUCAAGAUAUAUGUGGAUGCACAUGAUUCAGAUAUUCAGUUUGAAUUCCGUACUCUUCCAUCAUCUGCUCUGGAUUUCAAGUCGUUGAAUGUAUGGGAAGGACACAUGAACAUGUACUGGCGCGCGGACCAUGGGCUAACAGAUGAUACUUACAAUAGAUCAUUUUCUGAUACAAGAGUCUCGACACCUCCUGAGCUGCCUCGAGAUACCUUUGGAUCAAGUCAGGAUAACGGAGCACUGAGUGACGACGAGGAUACUAGUACAGUAAUCACGAGCAUGGGAUAUUUGAAUACCAGCGAGCUAAUGGAUCGAUGGAUGAGAUAUUCAGGUUUGGACGCAAGCCCAUAUGCAUCUGCAAAGAAGAGCAAUCAGUCACUCAUCUACUUCCGAGCUAUGGAUCCGAGGCGGUUCUCUGGAUAUUAUGUCUUUUCACUCACGAACCGGAACCCCACUGCUCUGUCAUUUUCAGCUUUGAUAACACUCAAAAAACAUACACCGACUGUUGAAAAGCAAGCAGGAACACCGUUCAAUAUGGCGACAUUAGGGUUCUUCACUCUAGGAUUUAUUGUGGCCGUGAUUUUGCUGAUAUUUUUGGUGCGCAAGGUUCGGCAGUUGAUCGAAGAUCGAGACUUAGCUCAUCGUGUGGCAGAGAUGCAGCUGCUGGAGGAUGAUGAAGAACACGGCGGGCUCAAUAGCGGCACGGCUAUGGCUCAGAUGGAUGGAAGCCUGUUAAAGAAGCCGAUGUAUAGAGUUGUUAUUGGAGUUCAGGAUUGGGGCAAAGAUAUCCCUCCGAUCUCUGGAGCGGCUCUGAAGCGUCGCCAUAUUCGAAACAGGAAAAGCUCUGCAGUUGAAACUGGCGGUGAUGAUAACGUCGUUAAGAAGAAGACUAGCGACCAUAUGUCACAUUCACUUACAGAAUUGGUCGCGCCGCAAGGUGUUAUCACCGUUGACGGCGAUACCACUAAUUUAGAGGUUCAAGAUGACUUGAUGUUGGAGCCAUAUCAUUAUCGCAGAACUCGUGUACGCUCAGAUUAUAUCCGAGACAUCGGUUCUGCACCUUUGCUACUGCCCCCCAAUAAGAAUGAUGUCAUAAUAGAUAUGGACCACUCGAUGCUACGCUCCGCUAAUUCCGUCUCGAAUCCCCGCCGGGUAUCGGCGUCAGCCUCAGUGGCUUUAGAUCUGGAUCAAGGACUGCCCUCGAACAUUUCAACUAAGGAGAAGAUGCCUGAUAGAGCAAUGGAACAAGAUAAGAUGCUGGCACAGCAGAACCGGAGUGUAUCAAUAUCAUCUAAUAGGAAGCGUAUUAGCUUACGUGGAUCUGAAAUAGGAUUUGAGAAAGAGGGUUCUGCCAACUCACAAGUUCUCACUACCACUUCUGCUAACGCCAUUACCCAACAAAACAGUGGAUCGCAACGCAAAUGGUCGUUGAAGCACCUAAGCCAUGGCGCAUCAUUCAAACGUAAUAAUCAAAAACCAUCUAAGAACAACGAUAGCGAUGCAGAAGAACAUGAGGGUUUGACAAGCCCGAUAUUGAUGGAGGAGGAGGAAUCUGAAACAGCCCGUCAUAUCAGCACCAGUAGCAGAAAUAGCGAUAAUGGAUGUUAUGAUAGCGAACAAGAGAUGGUUGAUCUUUGUGUGCUUCCAUCACAUACGGACCUCUUUCAGGUGCGGCAGAGGCUGUUUGAGAAGCUUCAAGUAGAGCAGAAGCAACAAGCAAGAGCCACUGCUACUGCUUCUGCCGCACAAAUACAUCGACGCAACCCAGUCAAAGUUCAACCGUUGUCUAUAGAGCCUCUACCGUUUCAUGCAGGCCUCGUUCCAAGGACGUCGUCAAAUCUUCGACGAUAUCAACGACAUCUAGCACGGCAACAGCGGCAACAGCAGCAGCAACAAGAACAACCAUUCAAUAAACCUUUAACUGACCCGGGUUUAACUCAUCAUGGCGCUAGAGCAUGGAGAGAUGAAAACAACGACGAUGAUAGACCAAGCAGCUCUAAGCCUGCAAAACGACUUAGUAACAAUACACUGCGAUCGUUUGUCAACCUCAGUCGGACAGCUUCUAGAAAUCGUUCUAUAACCUCGGUGCCAUCUUCACAGCGACUAUCAUCACCUAUCAAACAGGUGUAUGCAUCGCGUUCACAGGGAUCGUUGAAGGAAGUACGCAAAGUUGCGUCUCAAAUAACCUUGCGAACCAAUGGGGGAAUGUUAACUAAGGAAGAUGAGGAGAAGAAUAAAGACAAAGAUCCUAGUUUGUCGUCCUUAUCAUCGCCUGAAUUAGAUUCUCUGAUAUCGAAACAGCAAAUAGCAACAACUUCACCACGACAUGGAUGGAUUAGCAGAGAGUCUGGAGCUGAAGAAAAUAUGCAGUCUGAUAUUGAACUACGGCGGCUGUCGGGUAUGAAAUUUGAUAACGAUCAACCACAGCUAUCUUCUCAGCAACAAGAACAACAAGCUUCCUUUAAGCCACACAAGCGACAGCAAAAAAUCAAGCGGAAAACGAUCAGGAUGAGAGGUCGACAGGAGUAUGAGCCUGGUCCAAUGUUAGCCAUGAACUAUAUGAUCGUGUUCCCAGGCGAUGCUGAAUCGAGACGAGUACGACAGCAAGGCGACUAUUGGAAGACAAAGACGACUUUGCCUGCAGAAAGAGUGAACUAUGAGGCUGAUAAUGGGAAGGAGAGGAGUAAGGAGGAACAUGAGGAGGAUUCGCAUGACAAUGCUCUGUACAAUAUGGAGCGGAGGCUACCACCGAUGGCGAUCGGGACAGUAUUUGUGCCAGAUCCAGUGCGCUGGUGGGCCUAUAAGGCCAAACAGGUGCUGGUUUGCAAAAAAUUUGAGAGGCGGAUGAGGCGGAUGCAUCGGCUCCAGCAGAAGCAGAAGCAAAAGGAGACUUAAAUCCAGAUGAUUACAACCUUGCCACUAGGGACCAAGGCGCGAUAACCAAAGAAGCUGCAUUUUUUUUUUCUUAAUACCACCAAGAUCUUCAUAGUAAUCAUCAAUCAUAUAUUGUAACGGGAAUGAUUUCAAUGAUGAAUUCGCCGAUUUCUUUUUGUAUAUUAAAGCCUCAUUCAUUUUUUUUUUUCUUUUCACAUGCCAAAACAUCAGAACAGAUGGAUCACCA